GCCGGCCUCCGCACCCCUCCGGCCACCCGGCCCGCUGAGCUUCGAAUGGCCCCCGGCACUCGCCAGGUUGGCGCCCGUUCGCGAGGACGGGCUGAAUUCAUUUUGCUCGGGAAGUUCAUGUAGCUCGGGAUUUUAGCACCUUUCUCGGAGAAAAAGCCUGUCGGAGACCGUGUUUCUGUGAAGCGGGAGAGGGGACAGGGAUGAGAAUGUCGGCCGUCAACUGGAAGCCCUUCGUGUACGGAGGGCUGGCCUCCAUCACGGCCGAGUGCGGCACAUUUCCAAUUGAUUUGACGAAGACACGGCUCCAGAUUCAAGGCCAGACGAACGAUGCAAACUUUAAAGAAAUUAGGUACCGGGGAAUGUUGCAUGCGUUGGUGAGGAUAGGCAGAGAAGAAGGCCUGAAAGCUUUGUAUUCUGGGAUCGCGCCUGCGACCCUUCGCCAGGCCUCCUACGGCACCAUCAAGAUCGGCACUUACCAGAGCCUGAAGCGGGCGUUCGUGGGGCGCCCGGAAGAUGAGACCCUUCUGAUAAAUGUGGUCUGCGGAAUCCUCUCUGGGGUCAUAUCAUCGGCCAUCGCCAAUCCAACCGACGUUUUGAAAAUACGAAUGCAGGCCCAGAGCAACACGGUUCCGGGAGGGAUGAUAGGCAACUUCGUGAACAUUUACCAGCAGGAGGGGGCGAGAGGGCUGUGGAAGGGCGUGUCCCUUACUGCUCAGAGGGCCGCGAUUGUCGUCGGCGUGGAGCUGCCAGCCUAUGACCUCACCAAGAAGCAUCUGAUUCUCUCCGGCCUGAUGGGAGACACUGUGUACACUCACUUCCUUGCCAGCUUCACCUGCGGUCUGGCGGGAGCCCUGGCCUCCAACCCUGUCGACGUCGUGAGGACACGUAUGAUGAAUCAGAGAGUCCUUCGCCAUGGCGGAUGCGCUGGCUACACGGGGACCCUGGAUUGCUUGUUACAGUUAAGUCACACUGGACCGAAUGUCCUUCGUCCAGACAUCACAUCAGUCUUUUGGAGAUUCUUGGUACGUGGAAGAAUGAAGGGUUUUUUGCUCUUUACAAAGGAUUUUGGCCGAAUUGGUUGAGACUUGGUCCCUGGAAUAUCAUUUUCUUUGUGACAUAUGAGCAGUUGAAGAAGUUGGAUUUGUGACAAGUCCAGGCUGCAUGAGACACCCCCCCCCCUCUGCAAGUGCUAAGUUCCCACAGUAAAGCUUCCUGUGUCACGCGGCUCCUCGCUGCUGCUCACCGCUCGGCUCCUCCCGGCUCCUGAGGUGGGACCCAGGGAUGACGCUGCUCGGGCUGCCGCGCCUCGGUGUGGACACCCCGCGUUGUGCAAGCUCCAGUCCUGAGCGUCGGUGACCUUUGACAGCAGAGGGGACGUGGACCGCACGUCUCCUGCCGAAGCAACUGCAAGGCCAAGGACUGCACGGUGCUCUCCUCGGGGGCAGGAGGGGCAGGCCCCCCCCAGGACGGUUUACUGUCCCCGCACGUCGUCAGGGGUCCUUUGCUGCUUGUCAGCUGAAGAAAUUCCGCAUGUGGAGACCUGGACUUUCCCGCCACAGGUAUCAACAGUGCAGGAGACGGGUCCCUGGGACAUUGCACUGCUUUGUAAUUUCCUAUUCUGGCAGCGUAUUUCACUUACAAUAAGUGACAUUAAGCCUCUGAACACUCGACCUUUGUGAGGAAUUGUUACAAAGUUUUAAGUCUCAUCUCACGGUGGUGUGACACCGUGGGUGCGUGUUGGUGGGAGGCUUUCAGGCAGCGUGGGUUCUGUCUUAGGUCACGUUGCAGUUUGCUCUCUGACUUUUAGCGAAGUUUAUUUCCCAGUCUGUCAACGGGGAUAAUAACAUCUAACAGCGUUGAGGGUCAAAUGAAGAAAACAGUAGUUGCUACUGCUUGACUUGCAGGACAGGUGUGUUGCUGGUGCUGUCCCACAGCUGUGAUCUCAGGAUGGACAGUCUGUGGACAUGGGACAAAGUCCGCGCUCCGGGGACACCCGUUGUAGUCCUGAGUGGGGCCUUUGUGAAAGAGACGGCUGUGUCGGGUCAGGUGUCACAGCAUCCAGUAGCAAAAUGUCGCCUCUGUAUCAGAGUUGAUUUUUCCAGAUUUCCCAGUUUUUACUUUUGUUCGAGUCACGUUUGGUAAAAUAUUCCGUCUUGGACUUCCUGAUCAGUUUGGAUGGGAGAGACGCGCAUGAAAUCUGAGAAGCGAUUUCUUCAGUCUUGCACCUGUUUAUCUGGGCUCUGAUAAGAGGUGUGCCACAUCUUCUCAGCACGAGAGAAAUCAUUCUCCUUCUCCCUUCUUGUCUUUACCUUAUUCUUUCCAAAAUAAAAGUGACUCUGUGAGUCUCAGGAACUUGACACUUCUAGAAGACAGCCCCAGGAAAGGGAUGGGAGUAUGUGGGCUUGAGUACCUUCCGUCCUUCCCUUGGAGAACUCAGAUACACACUGACGAGUGGGGGGUGGGAGGGAGUGGGGGUGGCUGCGGAGGCCUGACCUCCAGGCUGAGGCUUCUGCAGGAUGUGCCGGGAACUUGUCCAGCCCCUGGGCUGCUUCCUGCCUUGAAGCACAAUAGAAGGGACACAGGUUUUUUGUUUUUUUUUUCCAAAAGUAAGAGCUCAGACCCCCAUUACAAAGAGAAGGAAGAAAGAGGAGGGGCGCGAGUGGCCAGUAGGUGUUAAAUGCUUAAAGACGAACGGGAAGUCCCAGUGCCCUGGCUGGCUCUCGGGGUGACUCUGGAGAGCCAAGCUCAUUCGGGCCUCACUCCUGGUAGGGACCCCGUCUUAGAAAGAGAUUUUUUCCUUCUUUCAAAACAUUCCGUGGACGUGGUCAGGGCUCUCUGUAGAAAGGCCUCCACCUUUGAGUUCUUUGAGUUUAAAGGAUUACUUUCUAUGAACCACUCUUGAUUUUUUUGAUAUAGAAAACAUUUUAUUUUUUAAGUGUACAUAUACUGUCUAUGAGUAAAUGUCAUGCGAAAUUCAUUACAUCGAUUGAUUAAAAUUAUGUACAUGUUCAUGGAGAAUGAAAAGAAAUUCAAACCUCACUAAAACUUAAGCAUGUUUUAGAGACAAAAAUACAGUAUUUUUUCAAUGUAGAUGUAAACACUUUACAGAACGGGAUCUCGGUCUCUCGUUUUUCCUGCUUGCUGAAGCUUCUAACCAAGAAGGAACCGAAAGACUUGGGAGAUUUGGUCCUCUCGUUUUCAAGGCUGUGGCUAUAAGUCCCCCGUCCCCUUGGGUAUAGCUUAAAUGUGGCAAAAGGAUUUUUAGCUUUUAUGAAAAAAGACGGAUUUUUUUUUUGUUUGUUUGCUUGUGGAUUUGUGUAAUCAUUGAUGCUAAAUGUUGCUGAUCUGUGGUGUAAAAAACACCUCUUGUUCUUCGUAUUUAUUCUUGCACUGAAAUAGUUUAAUUAUAUAAAAUCUAUAAAAUUUUCAUAAGCCUUUAUACUUCGAGCUCUUUAAACAUUGGAAUAUGUGGCAUAAACUUUAUUUCAUUAUUUAAUAAACCGGAGUAAUAUAUAAUUGUAAAAA